CAGUCGCUGACCUUGGUUCAGUCGCCGACUUUGGUUCAGUCGCCGUUUUAACUGCGCAGCACAAAGACAGAACGUUUUCUCUUGUGUGAUUGGUCACUGGACUGAACACAGAUCCACAUCAGAUGUCCUCCAGGAAACAGGAAUGAAGAGAAUGACUGAAGUCCAGCAGAUGAGUGAUUGUGUGGAGAAAGACGAGGACAGAGCAGAGUCUCCAGGACCCAGCUGUCUGUCUGUGAAGAGUGACCAGUCUAUGUAUCGACCUCUAAGCUUCAGUCAUGAACCUGGAGCCUCAGACACAAAAGGUCAGAACCAGGGACAGAGAGCGGAGUCUCCAGGACCCAGCUGUCUGUCUGUGAAGAGUGACCAGUCUUUGGAACGAAUUAUACGUUUCAAUCGUGAACCUGGAGACUCAGAGACACAACACAAGUUUGCCGUUUCUGUGGACAAGCAUACGUCCUGCUGUCCUCUGUGUCAGGACGUCCUGAAGGAUCCAGUCUCCACCAGCUGUGGUCACUGGUUCUGCAAAACACCCAGAACAGGACGUGGACCACAGACCAUCAGUGUACAAACAGAUGUUGGUCUGCAGGAGGUUCUACAUGAACAUAAGAUGAGUCUGAGGAGGAGAUUUGAACAUGUGACUGAAGGAACUGAUGGAAGAGGAAGUAGAACCCUCCUGAACAGGAUCUUCACUGAGCUCUACAUCACAGAGGGACAGAGUGAAGAGGUCAAUACUCAACAUGAGGUGAUGCAGCUGGAGACGACCUCCAAGAAGAAGACGGUCCAGGACACUCCCAUCAAGUGCUGUGACAUCUUUAAAGCCUUACCUGACCAGCAGGGGCGUAUCAGAGUCGUCCUGACCAACGGUGUUGCUGGUGUUGGAAAAACCUUCUCGGUGCAGAAGUUCACUCUGGACUGGGCCGAGGGUUUGGAAAACCUGGAUGUGAAUCUGCUGAUUGUGCUUUCGUUCAGGGAGCUGAACCUGAUCAGAGAUGAGCAGCACAGUCUUCUCACACUGCUCCAUGUUUUCUAUCCAACAUUACAGAAGGUCAGAGCAGAGAACCUCGCUGUGUGUAAACCUUUGUUCAUCUUUGACGGCCUGGAUGAAAGCAGACUCUCACUGGACUUCAACAACAGAUCGCUUGUUUCUGACGUCACACACAGGUCAUCAGUCAACGUGCUGCUGACCAACCUCAUCCAGGGGAAUCUGCUUCCCUCGGCUCUCAUCUGGAUAACUUCCCGACCUGCAGCGGCCAAUCAGAUCCCUCCUACAUGUGUUGACAGGGUAACAGAAGUACGAGGCUUCACUGACGACCAGAAGGACGAGUUCUUCAGGAAGAGAUCCAGAACUGAAGAUGUGUCCAGCAGAAUCAUCUCACACAUCAAGACGUCCAGGAGCCUCCAUAUCAUGUGUCAAAUCCCAGUCUUCUGCUGGAUCAGUGCUACAGUUCUGGAGCACAUGUUGACCACAGAGCAGAGAGGAGAGCUGCCCAAGACCCUGACAGACCUGUACUCACACUUCCUGCAGGUUCAGACAAAGAGGAAGAAGAACAAGUUUGAUAAAGGAUCUGAGACGAGUCCACAGGAACUGAUGGAGGCCGACAGGGACGUUCUUCUGAAGCUGGGGAAGCUGGCCUUUGAACAUCUGCAGAAAGGAGACAUCAUGUUCUACCAAGAAGACCUGGAGCAGUGUGGUCUUGAUGUGACAGAGGCCUCUGUGUACUCAGGAGUUUGUACAGAGAUCUUCAGAGGAGAGAGCGUGAUCUUCCAGAAAAAAGUCUACUGCUUUGUUCAUCUGAGCGUUCAGGAGUUUCUGGCCGCAGUCUACAUGUUCCACUGUUUCACCAACAGGAAGACAGAGGUACUGCAGGACUUCUUCAGAAAAAAAGAUGGUGAUGAUGAUGGUGGUGGUUACACUUCUCUGGAUGUCUUCCUGAAAGAAGCCAUGGAGAAAUCACUUCAAAGUGAAAAUGGUCACCUGGACCUGUUUGUUCGCUUCCUUCAUGGACUCUGUCUGGAGUCCAACCAGAGACUCUUAGGAGGUCUGCUGGGUCAGACUCAGAACAGUCCAGAAAUCAUCCAGAGAGUCAUCGAGAACCUGAAGGAGAUGAACACAGACAACAUCUCACCUGACAGAAGCAUCAACAUCUUCCACUGUCUGACAGAGAUAAACGACCAAUCAGUGCAUCAGAAGAUCCAAGAGUUCAUGAAGUCAAAGGACAGAGGACAGAAACUCUCUGAGAUCCACUGCUCAGCUCUGGCCUACAUGCUGCAGAUGUCUGAGGAGGUUCUGGAUGAGUUGGACCUGAACAAGUACAACACAACGGUCCAGGGAAAACGCAGACUGAUUCCAGCUGUGAGGAACUGCAGGAAGGCUCGGUUGAGGGACUGCAGUUUGUCAGAGAUCAGCUGUUCUUCUCUGGUCUCAGUUCUGAAAUCCAACUCCUCCCACCUGAGAGAGCUGGACCUGAGCUGGAACUAUUAUCUGCAGGAUCCAGGAGUGAAGCUGCUGUGUUCUGGACUGGAGAGUCCACUUUGUAGACUGAAGACUCUGAAGUUGAGGGGCUGCAGUUUGUCAGAGAUCAGCUGUUCUUCUCUGGUCUCAGUUCUGAAGUCUAACUCCUCCCACCUGAGAGAACUGGACCUGAGUAAGAACAAGGAUGUGAGGGAUUCAGGAGUGAAGCUGCUGUGUUCUGGACUGGAGAGUCCACAUUGUGGACUGGAGACUCUGAAGUUGAGGGACUGCAGUUUGUCAGAGAUCAGCUGUUCUUCUCUGGUCUCAGUUCUGAAAUCCAACUCCUCCCACCUGAGAGAGCUGGACCUGAGCUGGAACUAUUAUCUGCAGGAUCCAGGAGUGAAGCUGCUGUGUUCUGGACUGGAGAGUCCACUUUGUAGACUGAAGACUCUGAAGUUGAGGGGCUGCAGUUUGUCAGAGAUCAGCUGUUCUUCUCUGGUCUCAGUUCUGAAGUCUAACUCCUCCCACCUGAGAGAACUGGACCUGAGUAAGAACAAGGAUGUGAGGGAUUCAGGAGUGAAGCUGCUGUGUUCUGGACUGGAGAGUCCACAUUGUGGACUGGAGACUCUGAAGUUGAGGGGCUGCAGUUUGUCAAAGAUCAGCUGUUCUUCUCUGGUCUCAGUUCUGAGGUCUAACUCCUCCCACCUGAGAAAACUGGACCUGAGCUGGAACAAGGAUCUGCAAGAUUCAGGAGCGAUUCUGCUGUGUUCUGGACUGGAGAGUCCACUUUGUAGACUGGAGACUCUGAAGUUGAGGGGCUGCAGUUUGUCAGACAUCAGCUGUUCUUCUCUGGUCUCAUCUCUUAAGUCCAACCCCUCCCACCUGAAAGAACUGGACCUGAGUGGGAACUAUCUGCAGGAUUCAGGAGUGAAGCUUCUGUCUGAUCUUGUGGAGAGUCCAGACUACAGACUGGACACUCUCAGGUUGAGGGACUGCAGUUUGUCAGAGAUCAGCUGUUCUUCUCUGGUCUCAGUUCUGAAAUCCAACUCCUCCCACCUGAGAGAACUGGACCUGAGCUGGAACUAUUAUCUGCAGAAUUCAGGAGUGAAGCUGCUGUGUUCUGGACUGGAGAGUCCACAUUGUAAACUGGAGACUCUGAAGUUGAGGGACUGCAGUUUGUCAGAGAUCAGCUGUUCUUCUCUGGUCUCAGUUCUGAAAUCCAACUCCUCCCACCUGAGAGAACUGGACCUGAGCUGGAACUAUUAUCUGCAGAAUUCAGGAGUGAAGGUGCUGUGUUCUGGACUGGAGAGUCCACAUUGUAGACUGAAGACUCUAAAGUUGAGGGGCUGCAGUUUGUCAGAGAUCAGCUGUUCUUCUCUGGUCUCAGUUCUGAGGUCUAACUCCUCCCACCUGAGAGAACUGGACCUGAGUAAGAACAAGGAUGUGAGGGAUUCAGGAGUGAUUCUGCUGUGUUCUGCACUGGAGAGUCCACAUUGUGGACUGGAGACUCUGGGGUUGAGGGGCUGCAGUUUGUCAAAGAUCAGCUGUUCUUCUCUGGUCUCAGUUCUGAGGUCUAACUCCUCCCACCUGCAAAAACUGGACCUGAGUGACAACAAGGAUCUACAGGAUUCAGGAGUGAUUCUGCUGUGUUCUGGACUGGAGAGUCCACAUUGUAGACUGGAGACUCUGAAAUUGAGGGACUCCUAUUUGUCAGAGAUCAGCUGUUCUUCUGUGGUCUCAGCUCUGAAGUCCAACCCCUCCCACCUGAGAGAGCUGGACCUGAGCUGGAACGAUCUGCAGGAUUUAGGAGUGAAGUUGCUGUGUUCUGGACUGGAGAGUCCACAUUGUAGACUGGAGACUCUGAAUUUGAGUUGCUGCAGUUUGUCAGAGAUCAGCUGUUCUUCUCUGGUCUCAGUUCUGAAGUCCAACUCCUCCCACCUGAGAAAACUGGACCUGAGUCAGAACCAGGAUCUGCAGGAUUCAGGAGUGAAGCUGCUGUGUUCUGGACUGGAGAGUCCACAUUGUAAACUGAAGACUCUGAAGUUGAGGAGCUGCUAUUUGUCAGAGAUCAGCUGUUCUUCUAUAGUCUCAGUUCUGAAGUCCAACUCCUCCCACAUGAGAGAACUGGACCUGAGUGAAAACUAUGAUGUGCAGGAUUCAGGAGUGAAGCUGCUGUGUUCUGGACUGGAGAGUCCACAUUGUGGACUGGAGACUCUGGGGUUGAGGGGCUGCAGUUUGUCAGAGAUCAGCUGUUCUUCUCUGGUCUCAGUUCUGAGGUCUAACUCCUCCCACCUGAGAGACCUGGACCUGAGUCACAACUAUGAUCUGCAGGAUUCAGGAGUGAAGCUGCUGUGUUCUGGACUGGAGAGUCCACAUUGUAGACUGAAGACUCUGAAGUUGAGUAACUGCAGUUUGUCAGAGAUCAGCUGUUCUUCUCUGGCCUCAGCUCUUAAGUCCAACUCCUCCCACAUGAGAGAACUGGACCUGAGUGAGAACAAUCUGCAGGAUUCAGGAGUGAAGCCUCUGUCUGAUCUUGUGAAGAGUCCGGACUACAGACUGGACACUCUGAGGUGGGAGUGAUGAUGAUCUUCAUCCUGAGUCCUGCUCUGUGACGCAGAUUCAGCAGAUCUGGGACAAACAUCAUCUGAAGGACAAACCAAACAAACACAAACGCUGAUGGUGUCGUUUUUCUGUGGCCAUGACGCCGUGACAUCACUUUUAACCUCGUCAGCUCGGUCCAGUCGUCCCGAACCUGUGACAUUGUGACAUGUGAACAUUUCACAUAUUCACAACUUCAUUCUUUACGAGACGUUUUCCGUUCACGACCCUGUUACUCCCAUCAUGCCUUUUUGGCUGUUGUUCACGAACUCUUCUGUUAUUUAAGUUUCACAUUCACAAUUGGAAAUUCACAAACAAAAACAAAUGUCUCUGUGUUGAUAAAAGAAAGUACAAAAAGAACAGUGUAUAUAUAUAUCAACGAUCUCCCCCUCACAGAACAAAAAACUAUCAUAACUCUUAAUGUAUGCUGUAACUUGUAAAGUAAACUGACUGACCAUACUCUCGCACUUUUUUUCAUUUCGUUUACUUUUGAUGUGUUGUGUUCAAGAUUGCAGCAGCAUACUUGUACUGUAUUUACUAGGAAAACAAUGGAAGUUGAAUGGAAGUCUCAAUAAUUAUUUGUUUCUCUACUAUCCCUCCGCUUUUAUUUUGAGUUGAAGCUUUUCCUUUUGGGUCACCUGACUUCCUGUUCUUCACUUCGUUCCUCAGAAGGAAAAAAAGGUAAAAUAAAUAGUCAAAAAAUAAACGGCCCGAAAAAACAA